AUGGACGUUUCAGAGCUAGCCAAGAAGCUCGGUCUCUCCAAUUCCAAACUCAUUGUCCGAAAAGCCUCCGAACUCCGUCGCCUCUGCGAUGUCCAGUUCAAUUCAUCCGUCAUUGGAGUCGGCGAGGUUGCGAAAUCUCUAAUUUGCUUGGAAAUCGCAGCCACGAGGCUCGGCGUUCUCUUCGACCGAUCCUCUGCGGUGAGGCUCAGCGGAAUGUCCGAAAGAGCUUACAUUAGAUCCUACAAUUGUCUCCACAACGGCCUUGGUGUCAAGGUGAAGAUAGACGUGCGGGAAUUGGCGAUUCAGUUCGGUUGCGUUCGCAUUAUUCCUCUCGUUCGUGAGGGUCUCAAACUAUAUAAGGAUCGGUUUCUUUCGUCUUUGCCGUCUUCUCGUCGUGCAAGUGCUGAUUUCACGCGUCCAGUGUUCACCGCUGUUGCUUUUUAUUUAUGUGCUAAAAAACACAAGCUCAAAGUGGACAAGCUUAAGUUAAUUGAGCUCUGUGGUACAUCUGAAUCUGAGUUUUCUAGUGUUUCUGCUACUAUGAAGGAUUUGUGUCAUGACGUAUUUGGGGUUGCAAAGGAAAAGAAGGAUGCUAGGGAAGUGCAAUCAAAUCGAGCGUUUUUUCCCCCGUUUUGUGAAGAUUUACUUGAUGCCUUGCCAAAUAAGAGGAAAGCUGAGGAAGGAGGUUAUUUGUCCGAUGAUGGUCCAGAGCAUUUUGGUUGGAAAUUUGCUUUUUCAAGUUAUAAAAAACGCAAACAAAUGGAAAAACGUGACUAUGAGAAGUGGAAAUCUUCAGUUGUUACAUCCAAUGAACAGAACAAGACAGAAGUCCCUUGUAACCGAACCAAACAAACUCGUCUCAACUUUAUCAAGAAAUCUUCCGAUACUCAGGAGUUAGAGGCCAUGUGA